AACGACUCUGGGAAGUUGCAUUGGGUUUUCUCGGGGUUGGCUACUCUGAAGAUAUUGGGUUUUUCACUUUACCUGGUCAGGAUUACUACCGAACUAUGACAGUUUUCACCAACUGUACCGUGGUCUUAGAACUGAAGGAUUUGCCUUUCAAGGAGAAGAAAAAAGUUCGCUUGGCCAUUACAGACAACGGAGGCAGCCUCGCCUAUGUGGUCAACAAGCAGCUUCAUAGUGGUGAGCAGCCUGGGAUGUCUGAGCAACAACCGGCAGCAGAGCGCCUGGAAGCACCAGGUGCCGGUGGUGGGGCUGGAGUACGUGCAGGCCUGCCUGGAGCAGAAGGCCCUCCUGCCGGCCCUAGAGCACGUCCUGGUCCCUGUGACACCCACACCCCACCCAGCACCCACCAUUCAACCAGUGAGAUUGCUGACUACUAAAGAGAAGUCCAAAGAUCAAGAUCCAGCCCAGAUAAAGAUAACAAAAAAUCAGGUCAAAAACGACUCCAACUAUGUUAGCAACCAUCGGAUCUUCUCUGAGCAUGACAGCGACCUUCCCUCGUACCCCUCUCACUUCCAGGUGGCCAAAUACUCCAUUCACAGCACUGCUGCUGGGGGCGGUUGGUGUGUACUGGAGCUGCAGAGUGCCACGGGGGAGAAGGGUCUUGUGUUCCGGAUUGUGCGCUACAUGAAACAGGGGGCGCUGGAGCGAGACCAGCUGGUGUUGUGCAGCUGCUCUGAGGAUGCUCUGGAGGUGUAUGAGCAGCUGCAGGACAGACUCAGAGCUGACGACUUCCAGCUGCAGAGACGCCUGCCUCCACAGCAUGAGGACAUGGGCUCUCCCAGCCUGAAGCAGCUGCUGCUGGAGGAGGAGCUGAACUGCAGCACACUGUCACAGGAAGUGGGCGUGUUUGUGGAGCUGGUGUGGGCUGAAGCGAUGGGGAGUCUGACCAAAGUCCUCAAAGUGCCGGCGCUCAGGAUCAGCCCCAAUGAUGUGAGCCGUGCGGAGGGUUUGCUGCUGCAGGUGCGUAGGUCGGAGGAUGCUGCUGAGAGGAAGGUCCUGCUGGAGGAGAUCCGCUCUGUGCUGCCCCACACAUUGCCUGAUACCAUCCCUACUGCCAAACUCACCUCUCAGGCACUGGACCUGUGUCAGGUGUUGCGGGACACGCUGGCUGUGAAUGAGGUGGUGAUGAGGAGCUCCAGUCCCUCCAGUCUGGGGAAGUACAGAGCCCUGGGCUGCAGCAUCGAGAGCCUCCCCCCUCAGAGCCCCCACUACCAGACCGCCACUCAGCUGCUGCAGCACAACGACAAGCAGGGGGAGAUUAAGAUUCACAAUGUGUUCCAUGUGCGGCGUGGGGCAGAGCUUCAGAUGUUCAGGGAGGAGCUUGGGAACAUUAGGCCCCUCCUCCACUCCACCAGUCCUGCCAGCUUUGUUGGAAUCCUCUCUCGGGGUCUUCUGCUGCCCCGGGUUGGAGUGGAGCAUCACGGAGUCCAGCGCACAGAUGUGGGGCACCUGGGAGGAGGCAUCUACUUCAGCGACUCCUUCAGCACCAGUGUGAAGUACUCCAGUCCCGGUGUGACGGACGGCUCACGCCUGCUGCUGGUGUGUGAGGUGGCACUGGGGUACUGUAGAGAGUUCCGGAAGAAGGACACCACCCUGACCAGCGCCCCUGAGGGCUACGACAGCGUCCACGGGGUCCGCAGCACCCCCAGACAAAACUCAGAGUUUGAGGACGAUGAGUAUGUGGUGUUCAGUCCUGACCAGGUCAGGCUGAAGUACGCGGUCCAGUACACGCUACCAGACGACCAGCUCAAGGACUUCCAGCCGUCUGUUGACAUGUCGGUGGAAAACAUCCCUCCAGCAGGAACCUCUGACACAUUGGCCAGUGAGGACAAUGGGGGGUUUGAGGACAUUAAGAACCCCCUGGACAGCGUGACUGCUGGUCUCCUGGACAGCGCGGGACAGAUGCUCCCCCUGCAGGCCGUCCAUGUGAAGUGCAAGCUGGUGGACCUGCUGUCUCAGGUCAUCAUUUUCCAGACGUACUCCAAUCCGAACCCGGCUCCCAUCGAGGCCAAGUACGUUUUCCCCCUGGAGGAGUCUGCUGCUGUGUGUGGUUUUGAAGCCUUCAUCAACGGGAAGCACGUGAUCGGACAGGUGAAGGAGAAGGAGCAGGCCCAUAAGGAGUACAAGCAGGCCAUAGCAAAGGGCCACGGGGCUUACCUCAUGGACCAGGAGGCUCCUGAUGUGUUCACCAUCAGUGUGGGGAAUCUUCCUCCCGGUGCCACCGUCCUCAUCAAGGUCACCUUCAUCUCUGAGCUGCUGGUGAAGGCCGAUUCCAUUUUCUUCCAGUUGCCCGGCAGCGUGGCGCCAUGGCAACAGAGUGCUGCACUCAAUGAGAAGACACAGGGUACUGUGGAGAAGGUGUGUGUGAGUGAACUCAAUGGGGACUUCUCCCUCAGUCUGUCCAUUGAGAUGCCUUAUGAGAUCACCAGUUUGCGCUGUAAUACACACCGUAUUCAGACCAAGAGGACGGACUGUAAGGCGAUGGUGUGCACGUUACCUGGGGAGAUGCUGGGUUCUGACGGGUUCGAACUCUACAUCACUCUGUCUGAGAUGCACAUGCCCCGCAUGUGGGUGGAGAACCACCCUGACAAGGACAGCCAGGCCUGUAUGCUGGUGUUCUACCCCGACUUUGGGGCCCUCCGUGGGGCCGGAGAGGAGCUCAGCCCUGGUCCUGCUGGUCCUGCUGGGGGUGGGGUGCAGGAGGUGUUGCUUCUGCUGGACACCUCUGAGUCCAUGCGGGGGGAGACCCUGCUGAACGCACGGCACAUCGCCCUGCACCUGCUCAGCAAACUGGACAAGAAACUCAAGAUCAACAUUGUGCUGUUUGGGACAGAUCAUAAGAAUGCCUUCAUGUUCUCCAAAGUUCUUGGGGAUGCCUACGAACCAGCUAAGGACUUCAUCAAGACCUCCCCACCAGUGGGGGGCAGCACUGAGCUGUGGCGGCCCCUGCGCAGCCUGAGUCUGUUGCCUCCAUCCCGGGGCAGCAGGAGCCUGGUGCUGCUAUCUGAUGGCCACGUGCAAAACCCCACCCUCACCCUGCAGCUGGUCCGCAGCCACGCUGCACAUACGCGCCUCUUCACCUGUGGCCUCAGUAAGACGGCCAACAGACACAUGCUUCGAGCUCUUGCUCAGGCAGGGGGUGGAGCCUAUGAGUUCUUUGACACAAAGACCCGUCACACGUGGUCAGAGAAGGUGGCGUCGCAGGUGAGGCGUUUGGCGUCUCCAGGCUGCAGCUCGGUGGCCGUGAAGUGGCAGCUGUUCAACCCAACAGCUCCCCCUCCUGUUCAGGCCCCUGCACAGGUCCACGCCCUCUUCAGCAACUGCCACACCUUGGUCUAUGGCUUCGUACCUCACUGCACACAGGCCACUCUCUAUGGGGACCUGUGUGGGCAGGAGAUUAAGACCAUGGUGUCCACCACAGAACUGCAGAAGACUAAGGGCACGUUUCUUCACAAACUCACAGCACGAGCAGUCAUUAGAGAUUAUGAGGAUGGUGUUCUUCACAUGGAUGAAGCUGAACAUGAGGGGAAGAAAGCGCAGAUGAAGUCCUUCAUCGUGGAGCUCAGCAAAGAGUUCUCCGUCCUCUCCCAGUUCACCAGCUUUGUGGCCAUCGAGGAGAGGGAUGCACAGAAGCCUGAGGAGGGCUUCACAGACAUCCCCAAGCUGAUUGCAGAGGAGGAGGUGGACCUGCUGCCCUACAUGGACUGGGAAGUUGAACCGAGAAUUCGUGAGUACUUUCCCAGCUCAUCGAGUUCUGAAGAGGAAGAGAUCUCAGAUGAUGACAUGGGCUUUGGGCUUUUUGACGACGAAGAGUCUGAUGUUGAAAUGCAAUUCAAACAUGCUUGGCCUUCUCAGAUCUCAGAUGAUGACAUGGGCUUUGGGCUUUUUGACGACGAAGAGAUUCACGUUGAUGCUCCGCUCGGUCCCAGCUCACGGAGUUAUGAAGAGGAAGAGAUCUCAGAUGAUGACAUGGGCUUUGGGCUUUUUGACGACGAAGAGAUUCACGUUGAGAUUCACGAAGAGAUUCACGUUGAUGCUCCGGUCUUAGAGGCGCCUGCGAAUAUCCGUGGGCUUGCUAAUGACUGUGGGCUUGAGAAUGACUAUUCUAUCGAAAUGAUGAUGCCUAUACCUAUUGCAUGUGCUGAUGAAGCCCCUCUCGAUCUCCGCUAUUUUUCCUUCCUCUCCAAACGCGGUCCCGGCUCAUCGAGAUCUGAAGAGAAAGAGAGCUCCAACAAUGACAUGGGCUUUGGGAUUUUUGACGGCAAAGAGAUUCACAUUGAUGCUCCGUGCUUAUUUGGUGGUACUGUCCCGAUGUCCUUUGAAAAGUCCUCCAAAAAGUCCUUGAAGUCUCUCUCUGGUCCUCUCUUUGGAGGUCAAGGCGUCAAGGUCCUCUCUGACCCUAGUUCCUCCUCUGCCUCUGACCCACCUCCACCUCUCUCGGCCUUUCGUCACAGAACAAUGGUCGGCGCCUGUGCCCCUACCUCUGCCUCUGCUCCUUCCCCAGCCCCUCCCCCUCCACCUCCCACUGCCCAGGGACUUUUUGGUUGCUCCUCUGUCUCUCACCCACCUCCAUCUCCUCUUUUCUCCUUUGCUCCCAAAGCCUUCAGAACCGCUGCCCACAUCUCUGUCUCUGCUCCUACCCCAGCCCCUCCCCCUCCCCCUCCCCCUCCCACCGUCCAGAGGAUGUCUUUAAGUGCUGCACACUCUGUUGACUUUGGUUCCUCCUCUGCCUCUCACCCACCUCCACCUCCACCUCCUCCUUUCUCCGCCUUUGCUUCCAAAACCUUAAUAACCGCCGGCAGCGCUGCACAUACCCCUGUCUCUGCUCCUACCCCAGCCCCUCCCCUUCCCCUUCUCACUGCCGAGGGCUUUGCUUUCGGACACCGUGUUGACUUUGGUUCCUCCUCUGCCUCUCACCCACCUCCACCUCCUCCUUUCUCCGCCUUUGCUUCCAAUUCCUUAAUAAUCACCGGCUCCGCUGCCCAUACCCCUGUCUCUGCCCCUACCCCAGCCCCUCCUCGUCCCCCUCGCACUACCAAGGGCUUUGCUUUCGGACACCGUGUUGACUUUGGUUCGUCCUUUGCGUCUCACCAACCUCCUCGCGAAACCUUGAGCAAAGCUCUCCCUACUGGAGAUUCUGUCCCCCGUGAGGUCCUCCGUGCCAACAACUUAAGACGCAGAGCAUCACCCCAACUCAAAUUGGGCCUAGAUGAUGCCGCUAAAUCUGCCGUUGCGAUGGAAGGGGUGGAGGUGGAGAUGGAGGUGGACUCUGGGAUGUCUGUCUCUCUGCCCCCGUCAGCAGGCUCAGGCUCACAGCGGAGGACUAAGGGUAUGAGGUUGAGGCAGACGCGGAAGUGUGCAGUCGAAGAUCCACCUCUCAUUUGUGAUUUUCAAAGGAUGGGCAGGAGGAUCAGCCCCAGAGCAUCGUGGGAUCAGCUGGCACGUCUCCAGAGCCCUGAGGGAUACUGGGAAUGCACUGCUGAGGUGGGAUUGCUCCUGGGUGUUGAUCUGAACUUCUUUGCCAACAUUUUCCUUAGAGAAAAGGGCAUCGCAUCUCUGGGCCCCAAGGCCCAGGCUGCCAUCCUGAGGCUGGUGUCCACCCUGCUGGUUCUGCAGCUGGUGCGCGUCAGGAAGCUGGUCCAGGGAGAGCUGCUGCAGUCUCUGUUCCGCCUCAGAGACCCUCCUGAAGACAGCUCUUCCGAGUGGGAGGCCCUGAAGCGGGCGGUGGACUGGGUGCGCUGGGCAGACAGGCAGUACCCGUGCGUGUGCAGCCGGCUGGAGUUCGGCCGCGACUGGGAGUCGUCCACUCGACAGCUGCUGGGAUUCGACCGCCCACACCCCCUCUCCCCCCUCAACCCUCUGCUGGAAAGGAGCAGAGCCAUACUGGCCUGCUAGAAACACACACACACACACACACACACACACACACACACAAAUAUACUGUCCAUACUGGCCUGUUGUGUGUUUGAUCUGAAUCAAUCCUCUAAAUUAUCUGUAAACCACUACGGAGUGUCAAUUAUUCAAAAGUCAAUGUUAUAGUUGAAGUGUGAUACAGUGUGUAUACAAUUUUCUUCCAAGUUUUUCCUCGACAGUACCUUAAAAAAACAAUUAUAAUAAGGUGUUAUCCACCUUAUUCCUUAAACCGGAAAUCUGUCCGGUUUUCAUCUUCCGUUCAGUCAGUUUACAUUAUAGCUUGGUGUAUUCUCAGUGCGCUAACUAGAGUAUGCUUCAACUUACAUUUCGUUUGUUGACAUUUCUGCCCUCAGCAUGGAUAUACUACAUAAUACAGUAUAUAACCGAUAUAAAAUACAAAAGUUUACUUUUACAUGUGUUAUGUGGCUAAUAGAUUUCUUCACUUGCUGCCUGCCUUCACUGGAGAUACAGAAAUGCAUGUUUAUUUUUAAGAAAAAAGUUGGCAAUCAGACAAAUACAACAAUUUAUUAUCUUGAUCAAGUAAGCACAAAUUCAUCAGCAGAUUUUUUUUUUAUCCACAGGACUAUAUAGCAAAGAUGUUCUACCUUGUUGAAUAUGCCUCUACUAUACUUGCCAUUGAAGUAUGGUAAAGGUCUCUGGUCUGCAGUGUUUUAUUAUAACCAGGCAUUUAACAUUGAUUUGUGAAAUGUAGAAAGUAGAAGACAAGUAAUCACUGAUCUGAAUUGAAAGCCAAUUUGCACAUGAAAGUCCCACCGAAAUAUCUGCACACUGAUCGGAGACGUGCCGUUACCUCUGUGUGUACGUCUGUGCGGGUCAGUGAUGUGUCAUCAGAUCAGUGUAUAUCAGACUGUUGAAAAACCAUGCCAAUUUUCACCAAAUAGUUCAAGUAGGCUAUAAUUGUCUUUAAUAUAAUGUGUAUUAAUCAUGAUCAAAACCUGUGAGCUGAUUCAAAAAUAUUUAGUAAGAAGUAAAUAAACAUCUGUCAGUAA